AGCCUAAGCAGCCGCAUCGGCAAAACAAGCACAUACAUUCCCACUAAAGAAAGUUUUGUUGACCUCCUCCCCCUCCUUUCUCUCUCUCUCUCUGUGUGUGUGUGAGUGUACUGCCGUUAGUGUUGCGUGGCUUUCUUCAACGUGAGAGCAGCGAACGGUUAUGCGUGCCGUGCCUCCAGAAGCCAAAAGAGAGAAAAAGAAAACUUGCUGUUUUUGUUUGUAGGCGGCAAAACGUGUGGCCCCCGCCUUCUUCCCCCCCCUCCUCUCUCCUCCCGCUGCACGAUUCUUUAGUUUUCUCGUCCGUGUGUGUAUUUUUUAGUUCAGUUUAGUUUCCACGCACACACACGCACACACACCGGCUGUUUUUGCUUUGCCUCUCCCUACACCCCCCUCCCUCUUCCGGUCACGCGUUCGCUCUCUCAUCUUUCAUUUCAUUGUUUUUUUGUUCUCUUCAACAUCUCGCGCCCCUCCGACGCGUACGGCAAGCAUUGCUGCACCUCAGGAAAAACUCAAACAAGCAGUGAAAACAGAGUUGACGUAGAGGCGACGAAGAAGCCGAUACUUUGCGCUCUUGCAUUCCUUCUUUCUCCCUCGGGAAGAUCAGCUGGGUGGUCAACACGUUGAAACAGCAUUUUCCUUUGUCUUCGUUAAACUGGAAGGGUACAUUAAAUCUGACAAGACAGCGAAGGAAGGACGAAGAGAGAAGAACUAAAAAGAAAAGGAAAACUAUCUCCAAGGUCGAGGGGAACAGGAAGAAACAAAAAUUACUGUUGCGAUCACCGCAGCUGCUUUAUCACUUUUCUUUCUGUUUGUUUUUCCGUGCUGCUGCUGUCUCUCCUCCUCACAGGAUAUCGUGUGGAAUACAUACCUGCACGCUUGCUUGGUGUUCUCGUCUUCUGAUAGCGAGUCGUUUUUGAAUUCAGGAAAAAACGACAACAACAACAAAACAAGAAUAUAAUUCACGCCGAUUUCUCUCACACAUUGGCGUCUACGAUUUCUUUUCCUUUCUGUUUUUUUUCUUCUUAUAGCUCUUAGGAUCCAUUAUUGGUGUAACGACGCGUCGACAAGGCGAGCAGUAACGCUUUUGAGGCGGCUGAGUAUUUUCAUCUUCAUUUUCCUAAAUCAAACCCCACGUAAUUGUCUUCGAGUAAUUCUCUCAUUUGGUGGAUUUUUUUGUGUUUAAAGGGUGAUUUCCCCGGUUUCUAUCUCAGCCGGUAGCGUUGGUUUUCUGGAUUAACUUUUGAGUUUUCCGCUUCUGCUUGGUUUUUCCCUCUGGUGCUGUUACUCUUCUUUUCUUUUCUUGUUGUUGUAACGAACUCGAUUGGGCUGUGGCGAGCUGCAAAACUCUCCGAUUGCGGUGCGGUCUUUUGCGCUCUCCUGCGGACCCGCCGUGCGUCUCUCUCCCUCCCUCUGCACACACACAUCUAGUUAUAUAAAUCCAUCUGACGCAGAUAUCUUUGGAGAAGGAAGACUGAACGAAGCACUUCCCCGCACACACAAGUAGCUUCUUUGUUCUUCUUGUGUUCUUCUACGCGGCCCCCGUGCACCACUGCGAGACCUUCUGGCCUUGUCGUUGUGUACCACCUCUGCGCACGGCCGAAGAGAGCACGUUCAUCGUAGCUGCAGUCCUCACACGAGUAGUGCAGUUCAAUAGGAAAGAAAGGAGAGAAAGAACAACAGUAGCAGCAACAGCAGCGGCGACAGAGGCGUAGCGGAUUCAAACGGGUUAUUGACAAACAUUCACAUGGUUGGUAAGAUGCGAUUGAGCGAUUCUUCUUUUACGCGUCUGAAAGCGUGUCUUCUACUUGGCGGCGCGGCAGGCUGCGUCGUGUACGCCGGCGUCCUCCUGCGACGUCGACUGCACCGCUCCGGCCCCUCCCCGGUGGUGCAGUGCCCUUUCUCCGAUAACACCGUCGCCCUGCUGCGCGAGCUGCACGAUGGACCCUUUCGAUUUGGCGACCCAACCCCCGUGGCAGCCGCUGCACGGAAGGAGGCGAUGCGCCGCAUCAGACGCCAGCAGGCCCGUCGUCGUCACGAGCGUCGCAAAGUACGGCUGCUACUCUUUCGUUCCCAGCAGGUUCACGAAUCGGCGCAGCCGCCGCCGCCGCCGUCACGCAGGCUCACCGCGCGGCCGGCACCCAAGACAACAAGGACGUUGGCGCACCCCAACAUGGGCAACGGCGUAGCAGACGAGGCGGUUGACGACGACGACGCGCCACCUCUCCCGCUGGGAAGCGUCGGCGGUUCUGACCUGAGCGUGUGCGGUCGAAGCACGGUCGAGGGAGUCGACUACGAGGGCCGCUUUGCCGAGCAGCACCGCCGUUUGCAGGCGAAGGCGCGACGUCAGCAGCAGCAGCGGUGCACCUCCCGCCUCUCGACGGACGCUGCGGCGGACAGCGCGAAGACGUUUGUGAAGCAUGCCCGAGCGAUGCUGACCUCACCAGUGGAGGGUGUCCUCGUCGCCACCCAAUCUCUCAUCUCCUCCUUCAGCGGCUCGGAGGCAUGGGAACUGCGCGAGACGGAGCAGCACCGGCGUCCCCACAGCUCCUGCAGCCGAUCCACGUUGUCGUCGUCCUUCUCCAGUGAUGCCUACAACACACGAUCGACGUCGCUGUCCAGCAGCAGCAGCGAUUCCUACACGACGUCGUCUACCUCGUCGUUUCUCGCCACGGCCUCGUCGCCGGCGAGCACCGGCGGCGACGCGGCCUCCGUCGCCUCCGCCGGGUCUGCCGCAACGCAGGAGCGACUUGCAUGGAGCUCGGUGGACCUCGGCGGACAUCACGAGGAGCCAACAGGGCCGCGGCUCAGCUUCAGCAACCUUUCCCACCCUGCCGACUCCAUACCGUCGCAUCCGCGUCACUUUUUGGCCUCGUACUCGCACGCGGCGUCCACCCUGGCAAGUGGAUCCCUCCACCCUCCUGGUAGCACCGGUGGUGGUGGUGGUGGUGGUAGCAGCGGAAGGGCGGCGUCGUUGACGCAUCCCACUCAUCGACACUCCUCCUCCUCUCACCCGCAUCCAUCGCCGCAGCCGCCGUACAUCUGUGACAGCACGACGACGUCCUCGCACCAGCACCUCCACUCCCCCUCGCCGUCUGGCACGUACGUGCCGACAGAGAGCUAUCCCGAGGGGGUAUUGACGACAGCCGCGGUUACGACUGCGACGACGACGGCGACGAAUGCCGCGCCGUCGAGUGCGGGCGGGGAUGGCGAGGAGCCCUACAACGGUUACUCCAUCUCCACUGCACUCUAUGGACCGCCGCUCUUUGCGACGGAGAUGGACGUGACGGAUGCCCUGGCGGAGCUGCGCGGGUCGGUGUGCUUCACGGCAGAUCGGCAAGGUGCCAGCCUCAACAUCAGUAACUGCAACAACGCAUUUCAUAGUAGUAACAGCAACGCGGGCAACUACUCGGGGAUGAGCAACGCGGGCAGCUUCGGCGGCGGCGGUGGUGGUGGCAACAACAACUCCUCUACCACCACCGGCGCGGCGAAUCUGCUUGGCGGGGCUUUAACCCUUUCCACGAUGGGCCAGCCGCCACCGCCACCGCCGCCGUUGAUGAUGACUGCUAUGUCGACCGCAUCUCAGGGCUUCGGGGCGGUGCCGUGCGCCUCUUCAUCCCAGAACCACCACCACCACGCACGGGGGCACCGCUCCUCUGGACAAGGUGGCACCCACCACCACCAUCACCACCUGCAUACUGCGAGUACGAGCCGUCCACACAGCGGCAGCAGCACCGGCGGUGGCGGCAGCGGGACCUAUCAACACGGGUCCUCGCGUACCAGUCAGCGACACAGCCACACGGGCUCCCCCUCCUACUCCCAGCUCAUCCCCAUCUACCCUCCUCUUCAACGAAGCGGCAGUCACGGUGGCGCAUCUUCUUCACUGCUGCCACCGCCUUCAACGAACACCGCAGCGCCGCUGUCCCGCAUGUCUUCGCUGAUGCACAACUUGACGGAGACCCACCCACACACAGGGGCAGCUGCAGCCACUGCCGCAGCGGCCGGGGCGGCAGCGAUGGCGGUGAUGGCGAGCUCCUUCUACUCCACCGGCGAAGGGACAGCACCGCAUCGUCGCACUGCCUAUCGUCUGCGCCGGUGGUUGCGGCGGACACGGCGACACGUGCGACGGCGCAUGCAUGACGGACGGACGGCGCUGAUCACGCGUGCUGCUACGGUGUGGGGUGCGGCGCAGCGGGCGUGUGUUUCCGUGCGAUGCGGCUGCUGUCAAAGCCUGCAAGGGAUCUGCCAAUUUGUGUCCACGCACGGCACAGCGCUUGCGACGGCGAUGGCGCAGGUGGUGCAGCGUGGACUGCGUCAGCAGCAUCUGCCUGGGUGCGGAUCGGCCAAAGAGAUGGAUGCAUCGGUGCCCUUGUCGAAGCGUGCAGGGUCGGACGCGGGGAUCGGCGCAGCGGGCGGCUCCCUCACCUCGGAGGCAGCCGCAAAAGCAGCGGAGUUAGCACAGCAGGCGUCGCUGGAAGCCAACAGCAUGGAGGAGGCGAUUAGCAAGGCGGUGGAGAUGCUCGUCCCGUGUCCGGGUCGGGUGCCCACGGUGGUGCUUAUUCGAGCUCCGUUGGGCUACGACGUGUCGAACGACGCCGACAGCCUGUGGACGGCGCUGCACCUCGACAGCACCUCCUUCGAGGAAGGCCUGGUGGAUGUUGUGAUGCUGGAGGAGCUGAAGACGGAGCCGCUGCCGCCGGUGCCGCCGGUGCAGCACACCUCUGCGCACGCAGCGGCCAGUCGACCUUUCUCAGCGCCACCAGACACCACCGGCGCCAGCAACACAAGUUCAAGCCAAGGAAGAGAGCCCGGCGGCGAGCAGCACACCGGUGCUCCCCAAAAGCGGCGGUCGAUGAGUCACCCGUUGAGCCACGACGCUGCCGAAGAGCAGCAGCAUCAGCAGCAGCAGCGGCAAUCGGCCAGUCCAUCCAACCUAUUCCACACAUCCCUCCCACCGCCGCCACCUCCUUCCUCCGCAUCAGCAGCGGCUUCCGCCGCCCCCGCCGAGCGUGCACCGCCGCAGCGCUCCUCGUCGUCGCCGCAGGCCACCCAGACAGGCAAGAGAGCGGGCCUACGCAUCACCUUUGAACUCUACCCCGCGCAUAUGUUUUACUCCUCCAUCAUUCGAGCUGCGAUUCUGCAGGAAAAGGAUUUCGCGCUGCGUCGCGCGGCGGCGGAGCUGUACGGCGGUUCGGCUGACCUUGCCGGCAGCAGCAGCGGCGCGGGGGAGCACUUGAACAACACCUCCACGAACGCGGGCGGUGGCAGCGGCGGCGGUGCGUACAGCAGCCCAGGCUCGCCCUUGACCUUCGCGCGUGCGGCGUCCUCGUCAGCUGCUUUUGCCGCCGGUCAGCGGAGCAGCAACAUCAGCCACGUCGUUGGCACCGACGCCAACAGCGCCAACAGCGCCAACGUUCUGCACUCCGUGGAAAACGUUUGCCUCACGCCGAUCUCACCCGGCCACUUUCUGCGGGCGCCGAAGUCGCCGGGGAUGCACCACGCGUACAGUACACCCAACACAACCUUCAGUCACCCCGGCAACCCCUCAACAGUCGUGUCCACGGACGGAUUGAAUGGGGCCUUCGGCAGCUCCACCCACGCUCACGGCAACGGGCUGCCUCUGCUUCCGCUGCCUCCGCCAUCGAUGCCGUUGGGGUCGUCCUUCGCUACCGCCGCUGCCGCCGCCGCAGCAGGAAGUGUAGUUGGUGUCAACGGUGGCAGUAGCGGUGGUGGCUGCACGAUCCCCUCGCCCGUUUCGCUCUCCCCCACCUCUCUCUCCCCAGCCUUCAAGCCCGCCUUUCCAGGAUCGACCCCCAACGUGGUGGUGCGCCUCUCCGCUAGCUACAGCUUCCCUGCCCUGCCUCCGCAGAUGGUGCGGUCGCCGCUGCAGAGUGCACAGGGCGCAGGUCCCUACUCCGCUAGGGGAGCCCCUCUCUCCAUCGGUAGCAGCGGCGCGUCGGUGGUGAACGUGCAUGGCGGCUGCGCCUGUACCGGCGGGUGCGGUGGCAAUAAUUCCACCUCCCCGCAAUCCCUUUCCGCGUUUGGCCGCACCUACGACACCGGCCGCUUUAGCGCGGCGCGCCGCUUCGUCAAUCGCAGCGAGGUGCUCCUGUACAUCCACGUUCUGCGCACGGUGGUGGCCGAUGCGCCAACCGUCGCGACCGCGCUGCCGUCGUGUGUGCUGUCGGACUUAGGUGAGGAGGACGGCGUUGGUGGUGCGCGGCCAAGCGCGGCGGAUGCAGCGGCCUCCCUCGGCUCUGCAGCGCAGCGCAGCGUCAACACCACACAGUGCAGUGGCGGAACGGCGCGCCACAGUGCCAGUGCGUGUACCGCAAAACCAUCCUCUACGAGACGGGGUACGCACCGCAGAGGGAGGCGGGGCUCCUACGAUGACGAAGGAGAUGGAAUGGAGAACGAGCCAAGUAAACGCGACAGUGGAGACGAUGAAAAUGACGACGGCGACGUCAACGACGAUGAUGUUGAUGGCACCUUCGACGAGCGACAGGAGCAGGCGCAAAUGCUGCUAGAGCUGCGUCAGUGUGAACUCGAGGUGCCCGUUUUGCUGCGCUAUCGCCUCCGCAUUUGCCACCAAGGCAGCCGCUCCCUCGAGGCUCUCAAGCGGACGGAAAAAUACGCGCAGGAUCAUGUGCAGGUAUGGCAGGAUGAGGCGAAGAAGAUGCUGCAGGCGAUGCCGCCAACGGAUGCGGCGCCGACAGAGGUCAGCACCGUGGCGAGCGGGCAUCUUCUGUCGACCGUUUCGACACCGUCCUUCAUGACGAGCAGUCCGGUGCCGCGCCCCGCGGACACGGCUGGUGCGCGGCUGCCCCCACCGGUUGGCAGCUACACCAUCCAUAGCAGCGGCGGUUGCGGCAGCGCAGCGCAACGGCCGGUGCAACCGUCAAACUCACGGCACGGCGGGCUGUCGACCCUGUCCACGCACCCCGCCCCACUCGCCAGCACGCAGGACCUAGAGCGCGAAGACGACCGCGACGGCGGCCCUUUGCACCUACCGGCAUGGGCGAUGGAGGUGCUAAUCCGCCGUGAAAGCAUGCGCGAGACGCUCCUUCGCGAUCUGAAGGAGAAGGCCUUCCGCAUCUGCAGCGUGCCGCUGCCGGACAUGCGGGUGCACUGCAUCCUGCCGCCCGCGGUGCCCCGCUACGCCGCUGCCCACGCACGCGGCUUCCCUCUCAGUCGCACCUUCGCAGAGGAGGUGCUGUCGCAGCAGCGUACGUUGCAGUUCAUAUUGCUUCAGCGCGAGCAGGAGAAUCAGCGUGAGAUCGCUGCGGAGAUCCGGCGAGCGAGGCGGCGGCAGGAACGGCACGAUCGCCGUCGAUGUGAGCGCCACGCGCGCGAGGAGGCGCAGCUGCAGCAGCAGGCAGAAAAUAGAAGACGGCAAAGCCUGAAGACGCGACUCACCAGCUCGAUGAACCCCGCCACGAUCGUGUCACGUGUGGCGUCGAUGGUGAUGAAGUCAACAGUGAAGGAGGCGCACUCGCCGAACAGCACGGGGAAGACCGAAAUGAACGGGGCGGUGUCCGCCAGUAUCCCCGACCACUUGACAUCGGAAGUGCCAUCGGAGGUGGUGCAGCAGCAAUACCGUCACGGCCAGCCUGUUGCGGGGGACGUCUACGGUAACGCGUCAUCGCUUACCCCGUUGGCUGCGCCGAGUUCGUUGGAGGCUGGAGGUGGGUACGCCACAUCGUGGACGGUGGAGGACAACGAUGCGGCAGCCACGACGGAGACGGAAAGGGCCGCAAACGCCCGUGAAGGACGUGCGGCGAAAAGGAUGCUGCUGGGGCAUCCACAGCAGCGGAAUCAUCCAUCUCCUUCCGCGUCUCCGCAGCCGCACCAAGAGACGAGCCUUCCGCAGUAUCGCGUGGUGUCUGAGAAGACCUCAACGAAUCCCACCGAGCACGAAGCGCACUUCUUUGGUGGGAGCAGCCGGAGCAGCACAUCGCGUGAGACGCCGCAGGAGCCGUCGCUGACGGUGGCGGUGCACACAACCGGCACGACGACGACCACCGACACGGCGACAGGAACCGGCAGCAGCAUCAGCAGGGUAAGCUCCGGCAACAACCCCGAGGCCUUCAGCGGACGCGCCACCGUGACCAUGAUCGGCCAGUCAUCGAUCAAAACAAGCGGGGAGAAGAGCCUGCGUGGCCCGCGGUGGAACACGCCGUCGGCGCUGCUGACUCCUCCCUCCGCACCGCUUGCGACCUCCACAGCGUUGAUGUCCAACUCGUCUGGGUCAUCACCGGUGCCGUCGCCCCUCAGCUGGCCGCCGCAACCUUCCCCGUCACCCAUCAACAGCCCCGUGCAUGUCAGCAGCAACCAGAACACCGCGAACGGAGGUGGUGGCGGUGCUGUUAUUGAUGGUGGCGCGGUUAGUGAUCGCACGAGCCCGCCGCCGUCUCUCAGCGGCAGCCGUAAUCCCUAUUGGACGGCGGUGCACACAGCAACGAAUGCGAACACGAGCGUGACGCUGCCGCAACCACCGCUGGUCUCUACGGGAGGUGGCGCUGGUGCCCCACACCCGACGGAGGGAGGUGGCGGCAGUCUUUCUGCGCCGCUGCAUCACGCCACCAGCAGCUCGAUCGAGCUCAGCGCGCUCGACGGCGGUACAGAGACACACAAACCCUUUCUAUUUCCAUCGCUGGGGGCUGCCAACAAGGCAGGAACUGUGGUGAGCCGUCAUCCUGCUUGGCGGCCGGGCUGUGCGGACGGCGCCGUGGGCGUAGGGGGCAACUGCAGGAGCCCACCGGCGGCACCCCUCAAUGUGAGUGGCUCAGGUUCUUUCCUGCAUCCUCCCCCACCGCCGCUGCCGCCGCAGGUGCUGCCGUCUCAGGCUCGUACCGCAACACUCGGCGACAGUUACUACGGCUACUCUUCCGCACCGGCCAGCGCACCGGCGAUUAUCACCACCAGCACGACAACGUCCACGACACACGCCACCCGUGCAGCGCAUCGAUUCACCGUGAAAGCGCACGACAUCGUCGCGAACAUGGAUGCUGCCACGCAUGGCGGCAACUCGGAGCUGGGUGUGCCGCCGCCCGUUCUGUCCUUCACACGCCCGCAUAGCGCCCUACCCCCCACGUCCAACUCACCGCACACCCUACUCAGUGAACUCCCUGCGUCGUCUUCAGCGCGAACCUCGUUGCUUGUGCCGACAGGCAUCGACAGCGGCGCGUAUAUCGGCCGCUUUCCGCCCUCGCAGAACAGCUCGACGAACUCGCCGCUGCCGUGCGAGGGCCUGCCGGCGAGCUCCACCACGUCCACCCUUCCCGCCGUUCCGAACAACAGCAUGUACGGCACCUUCGACGCUUACUACGGACACUCCAUCGCGACUCCGCAGGCGGUGCUGCUGCGACAACAAGCGCAGGCGGCGACGGUAGCGGGUCUCACGUCUAGCGGUAGUGGUGGUGGUGCCGUCUCGCCCUACUACUCGUUGCCGGUACACCUGCGCCGGCCACCUCCUGCUGCCGUUGCUGCUGCUGCUGGCAGCCACGCAACGAGUUCCAUGGCGGUGGCAUCGUAUGGCCCCACGAGCGGUGCGGUCGAAGCCGGCACCCGCAGCGGCAGUGCGGUCGCGAAUAGCAUUCCCACUACCGGCAUCGCCGUCGACAGCAACGACGGUGGUUGUCGGACGGCCCGCGCGUCAUGGGGCAACAGCGGCAGUCGACUACGGCAGUCGUCGAACUCUCCGAAAUCAACAUCGGCCACGCACACGCACAACUCCCCCCCUUCGCACUCCGCGAUGAUGCAGAAUCUGGCAUUCCAACGCAACGGGGUCGCCGGUGGUGGGAGCAGCAACCAUAACAAUACGAGCGGUAACAUGCCACGCCGCACCGGCUCUGGACUGCUGCCCUAUAACUACUCCGCCGACUCCGUCAGCAGCAUGUACGGCACCGCGCACUACCCUCUCUAUCAGUACCCGGAGGAUGCGGUGCAGACUACGGCCAGUGUCGGUGGUGGAGGGCCAUCGACCGCAGCAGCGGCAGCGGGUGCCUGUACGUCCAAUUUUUUUGGCGCGAACGCGGCCCACAUGCCCAGCGGCGGUGGCUUGGCGAACAUGACCGGCAUAACGGCGAUCUACGCCAGCGCGUCGUCCGUCCCUGGCAGCGUGUACGGCGGUCACCACCACCACCACCAACAUCACCACGGAGGGGGAGGGUGGGCAGGCGCAGGUGGCGGCAGUCCUCGUUUGAUAGACUCUCCCGUCGAUGUGGCGGUUGCAGGCGGCGUGACGUCCGGUACGAUCACACCCGCCGUGAUGCAGGACACGCACAUGAAUCGACUGAAGCAGUACAACAAGCUGCUGUCCGACCUGCUCGGGGUUGCCGGCGGUCCAAUGCGCAGCGGGAUUUCCUUCUAUUACACGUACGGCGAUGCCACCGCACUGCUGUACAACGCUUCCAUUCAGGCCCCGAGCGAUGAGGAUAUUUUGGAGCUCCUCGGGCAGCAGCAGUGGGCGGUACCAGCAGGGCAAGAGGGGAUGGGCUGGGACGGACCGCUUGGAGGGGGAGGCGGCGGCGUCGGUGCGAACUCUGCCGGGCUGACUGUGGGCACCGAAACACCAGGGGACAACUGCCACCACCACGACAAUCACAGCGCAAUGAACGGUAGCGAUACAACAGCGACCGUCAACACAGCCAUCAGCGAGACCGCGCUCAAUGGCAGCGGAUAUGCGUCGUCUCCUCCGUGUCUCAGCACCAGUACUGCGCUGGCGGACGGAAGCACCAUCGGCAGCAGUGACAGUUCUUCGCCGCCCGCUUCGCGGGUUCCACUGACGUUGAUUGGGGUUGGAGACUCCCCACCCACACUCCUGCCGCCGCGCUCCGCUGGUGCUGGUGGCGCUUCGGGGGGAAGCGCGUCUUGUACCCAGACCACAAGCGCGAAUGGCAGUGCAGCAAAGAAGGUUCCCGAAAGCAGCUACAAUGACGGCAAAAACGGUGGCGCUGGUGCGAGCCACGAAGAUGAAGGCUGCUCGUACCUGGACUACGGCGACGUGCCGUUUCCAGAGGACUCGAUGGACGCCUUGGAAGCAGAGCAGAUAGACGCACAGCGCACCCGCAACGAGAAUUUCUACUCCAUCUUUGAACACCUACACCGCGCCUACCACGACGCCGUCUUCGAGCCACGCGAGCCCGCCGGCUCAGGGCCGCCGCACUCGCCGGCCUGUUCUGCCGGCCCACCCGGCAGUACCGCCGCCUCCGCCGCCACAGCAGCCGCCGCGGCUCGGCAGUCGCUUCCUCCGCUCGGCGGUUUCGCGACGACUGCCUCGUUCACCGGCUCCCUCGGCUCGCCGCACCGCUCCCCCCUCGUCUACUCCUUCAAGCACCGCGUGGUCGAGUACGUCUGUUCGCUGGUGCGGUGGGUUGGAUGGAAGGUGGGGCUGACGGCGGCGGUGCACGAUGGAGGGCCGCGCAGCAGCAUCAGCAACGUGGACGACAUCGACGGCGCUGCCUUCUGCGGCGUGCUGAGCAGCAUGCCGGACUGCUCUACGCCCUCUGCGACGCCCAGCCCAUCUGGCGGAGCGCAGGAGCAGAGUGUGCCGGAGCGGCUGGCGAAGCGCUUCCCCGGCGAGCGCGUUGUAACCUUUGGCCGCGAGUGGCGAGUCGCCUCCCACAUGGACCUGCACAACGGCCACUACGGACUGUCGCCCCUGCAGGUUUGGAUGGCGACACGCUACUCUCGCCGCUUUGCGGGGGAAGUGUUCUUGAUGGACUUGGUGGCGGCCGGGAGUGAUCCGUAUUACCCGGCGGUGCGUGUCUUGGACGAGGUCGUGGCGCACGCGGUGCUGUACUACCACAACCACAGUCUCCGUGACUUCACCGAGGACCUUGCCUCAGAGCUGGGCUUGGAGUACGUGCCGCAGACGGUGUGGGGACGGCGGGCGCUCGGGCUGCCCAUCAACGAGACGGAGGUGCAGGAGCUGGAGGGGCUGCUCUACACCGCGACACGACGUCGGCAGGAUCGGCGCCGGCGUCAGCAGAAGGUGGAGCGGCGGCAGCAGCAGCAGCAACAGGAAGAAGAAGAGGAGCAACGGAGGCAGGCGCGGCAACGCCGGUCGGGGUCCGACACGAAGGCCGGUGCCGCCCACCCCUUCGCGAAAACCACUGCAAGCCCGUCAAAUAGCGUGCGCUUGGUGCAAAGAAGUGAGCCGUUUGCCGAUGAUGUAGCGCACGUCAACGACGUUGAUGGACGCACGGGCUUGCCCACGACGUUCCACACGGACACGAUGGACGGCGCAGGACUCUCGGAGAGCGGGGAAGCCAUGCAGCACCAACAAACGCAAGCCUUCCAGCAGCAGGAGUGCUCGCCUGCUGAGGCCUCCGUGCGACCCGCGCAGGCAACGGCAGGCGGCGGCGUUGCUGCCCCCGUCGGGCGCAAAUCGUCCUCCACGAGCGCGUUUUUCCCCAACAACAGUGCGGUCGAGGACGCACCCGAUCGGUGCUCAUCAAGCAGCGACGGUGGAGCUGGCGGAGCUGGUGGUGAUGGUGGUGGUGUCCGCCGCCGCAGUAGCCCCCAGCAUUCCCCCCACGACUGGAGUGGCGGCGUGGACCCGUUUGCCGGCGUGGAUGAAAACUUGUGGCUUGAGAUGCAGAGCUACGAUCAGGAGGAGGACGAGGAGGUUUUCUACGGCGCGACGGCGGCGGCGGUGGUGGGCAUCGGCAGCGGGGAUAUCAACGUGAUCCCGCACAUCUACGACGCGGUGAUGGAGCGCGAGGUCUACGACGAGCGAAUGCUGUUGCGCGAGCUGGACCACCUGAAAGAUUUCCUGAUUGAGAACCGCAACGUGCUGUCGUCUGCCAUGCUGACCACGACGGGCUCGAACGCGCUGGAGGCCGUCUUUGGCGUGCCGGCGACCGUCUUUCCGUUUCUGCUGUGCGCACGGGAGAGUGUGCCGCUGAUUUCAUCGAUCUUUGAAUCCCUCUCCUACCACUACGGCUCGCUUACGUAUGAUACCUUCUCCAAGAUGAGCUACGACGCCUUCCAUGUGGAUCGGCCAGAUGUGCUGCGACACACGCCGCGACUGUUCCGCAUGGUGAACAAGAGCCGUCGUGGCUGCAUCACCUACGAGGAGCUCUGCCGUUGGUUGGCGCGGAAGCUGAGCUGCGGCAACAACAUCCAACCCAACGCGCACCUGCUGGCCGCCAUCAUGUCGCUGCGGCUGCCACUGGCGCUGGUGGCGGAGUCACGCGAGGACUGGGACCAUUAUCGCUGCGCACUGAAGUCGCUCUCCGACGCGGAGGAUGAGGAGUACUAA